AUUGAAAAUCUUUGCCUUCAAAUAAUUAUGUGUUAUGAUUCAGCAGCUUUUACUGUAGACAUUACGAAUUUUACUUUAUGCCAAUUAGUGAGCGUUGCUAUCUUUCCUCACUGUUUGUAACGGGCUAAGAGUAGGUCAAUUAAAGAAUGUUUUUCAAGAAACUUUUUCAAGAAUUCUUUUGUCUUUCAUGCCAAUAGCAGUCGAGAAUGCAGUCCUCGGCCGAUGCCCUCUUCGCCAGUUUCAAAACACAACGGUCUAGCAAAUGGUAUUGAUAACAUAGCUCGACUGGAUACAGAGGAAAAGAAACAAUUGCUUUUGGCAGCUGCAAAGAAAGGGAAUUUGCAAACGUUCGUGGCAUUACACCAAGCCGAUGCAAGCCUUCUUUGGUGUGAUAACCGUGGUUACACAGUUUUACAUCUGGCUGCUAAGCACGGUCACAAGGAGAUUGUCAAACAUAUAAUUGCAAAUGGCAAGCUAUCCUUUAUAUACAUUGUACAAUUGUCCUUCGAUAAUCUCAUUCCCUGCGCUCCUUUUAGGGAUACGUUUUUGUUCUUGGUACCUUUAAUCUAUGCACUAUUUCUAUAGUCAUCCUUUCAUCAUUACUUUGAGAUUUUUUAUCAUGAAAAUAAAGGGAAAACCAAAAGCAAUUCUAUCCUCCUUUCCUGUGUAUUAUUUCACCUCCCUGAUCUCUACGCUGUCCAAUUUCCUUGUUCUUUAGGGAUCAUCUCAAAUUAACAUUGACAUUAUAAAUCAAUCGACUUUAGGGGUCAUUCAUCCAUACCUAGCAUUCUAGAAAUUUUGAGAUCACCUCCGUUUUUUAUUGUUAUUUGAACAACUCUUGCCCCCUUCAUUCAUGCUUCUUCUCCCCUUGAUCAAAUGAGACAAUAACAAAUACAGGUAAAAGUACUAUGUUUUUCCAUCUGCUAUUGAUCCUUUCUUUUCCCUAUCACUUAUAUUCAGUUGCAUGUAAACAUGCUAAAGCUGUUAAACUCUCCGUCAUCCUUGAAAAUCGAUUCCCUUGAGGCUGAAUUUGAGGCGACAUAUUUUUUGUAGGUAUCGAGGCAUGCCCAGUUUUAUUUUUGUCUUCGCGGCGAAUUCGCAGGAACAAAAGUAGAAACGAGCUAAUGCACAAUCAUAGGAAAGUAAAUUUGCUUGAUUUAUGAGAAAACAAGCUAUAAACAUUCGCCAUGCGUGCAAUUUUAAAAUUAGACGCUUAAAAGAUUAGUUUCCGGGAGAAUCAGAAUAUAGUCUUAUCAUAUGACAAUUUUGUAGCGAAUGUGGUGCGAAAUUCGCCUCGUGGAAAUCAACCGUUAAUUGGUGCGCUUCAUGUUUCUACAGGGCCUGUUUGCUGCCUUGUGAAAU